AGGGCUACAAGUGGUAAAGCUUUCCCGUAAAGCAGGCAGCCGGAUAGAUCAGCCAGUUGCCCGGGCACGGAUCUCGCUGUCCGAUCGGUCUUCGGCAUCUGUCUGCUUCUGUUCGUUGGCCUCUCUUCUUCUCUUUCUCUCUUUCGUCUCUUCUCCUGCUUUACCUCUACCUCACUAUCCUUUCGAUCGCCAUCCAUUCAUUCCCAGCUCGCGAUCGCGGCAGUCUUGCCGAACGCGACCCUGAAAUCUGAUAGUGAUAGUGCGAGGCUGACCUUGACGAGUUUCUCUGCCAAGGUUUAUUAGAUAGAUCGACGGUGUCCGUUAUCAGCUGAUUUGCCGGCGACUCUACGUUGGCGCCGUCGAGGUGAAUGUAUGAGAACGCAAGCGAUUUCAGGCGAUAACAACGAUGCAAAGAAACGGCAAACUUCAGACGCGUAAUUACAAACGAUCAUUUUACCGUCUCUUCACCAAAACGGAGAUUAAUAAUUAAUCUCGAACUUGGAUGGAUUUGAUUCGGUAGCCAUGAGAAGACGAAGAAGCGACUGAUACCACGACGGAAAAUCAUAUCAGUGUAGAGAAUGGAAGAGGCAUCCUCGAGAAUUCGUCCUUAUCUGGACUGGGAUAAUGAGGACAAAUACUCAGUGGCGAAUAGUCAGGCGCCUUUGCAAGGUGGCGAGGACGACCACCCGGAACGCGGGACAUGGACGGGAAAAUUCGAUUUUCUGUUGUCUCUUCUGGGAUACAGCGUAGGCCUCGGGAAUGUCUGGAGGUUUCCAUAUCUUUGUUAUUCCAACGGCGGCGGAGCUUUCUUGAUACCGUUCACCGUGAUGUUGAUCAUCGCCGGAUUGCCGCUCAUGUUUAUGGAGCUUUCCUUAGGACAAUACGCCAGUCUUGGCCCGGUGGCGGCUUACAAGCGCUUUUGCCCUUUGCUCCGUGGCUUGGGAUAUGGAAUGGUUCUCGUUAGCUCCGUUGUCAUGCUCUAUUAUAAUUUAAUCAUCGCAUGGACGUUGUAUUACAUAUAUGCAUCGAUCUUUGGUGGUUGGGAACUACCCUGGAGCAAGUGCGACAAGGAAUGGAGCACCGAGGAUUGCUUCACGCCAGACGCUGCCGAGGUUUGUGCCUAUCUAAACGUUUCUUACUUCAAAGGAAGAUGUCUAAAUGCGACGCAAAUGACCGCGAUGGGCCUGACUAUCGAAAGCAUAGCGAACGCCAUCAAGAGACCGCCGGCCGAGGAAUAUUUCAACAAUUAUGUUCUGAGGAUCAGUAGCGGAAUUGAGGAAACCGGAUCGAUUCGACCGUCCAUGGCAAUAUUCCUUUUUCUGGCAUGGACAAUCGUUUUCCUCUGCCUGAGCAAAGGUGUUAAGAGCUCUGGCAAAGUUGUAUAUUUCACCGCACUCUUCCCGUACGUCGUUCUGGUCGCACUUUUUGUCCGAGGUAUUUUACUUCCUGGCGCCACUGAGGGAAUACUUUUCUAUCUGACUCCCGACUGGAAGAGAUUGAUGUCCGCGAAAGUGUGGGGAGACGCUGCUGUGCAAAUCUUCUUCGCCCUCAGUCCAGCCUGGGGAGGCCUGAUCACCCUCAGCUCGUACAACAAAUUCACCAACAAUUGCUACAAGGAUUCUCUGAUUGUCGCAAUCAGCAACAUCGGAACGUCCUUCUUCGCAGGGCUGGUGAUUUUUUCGGUGAUCGGCUUUCUCGCAUAUGAGCUCGACGUGCCAGUGGCGUCAGUGGUGGAUCAAGGAGCUGGUUUGGCGUUCAUCGUUUAUCCAGAGGUCGUGGCUCGUCUGCCGGUCGCAUCCGUCUGGUCGCUACUUUUUUUCAUCAUGCUGCUCACAUUGGGUCUCGAUUCUCAAUUUGCACUCAUGGAAACGGUCACUACGGCGAUACUCGACGGCAUCCCCGCACUGAGAAGUUAUAAAAUCUGGGUCGUUUUGGGAGUUGCGGUGGUCGGCUACGCUGGUGGCAUCAUUUUCACCACGAACGCCGGAAUGUACUGGUUGCAGCUGAUGGACAAGUACGCGGCCAACUGGUCGGUUUUGUUGAUCGCCAUAAGUGAAUGUAUUUUGGUGGCGUGGGUAUACGGAGCGAAUCGGUUCCUGGAUGACGUCCAACAGAUGAUCGGACCCCGCGGCCGUCUCUGGCGAUUCUUCUGGACAUGGAUGUGGAAGGUCAUCACACCCGCUGCGCUCUUCUUUAUCCUUUGUUUCAACUGGGUGGAAUACGAGCCGCUUAAAUACGGGACUUACAUCUAUCCGAAAUGGGCGGACGUGUUGGGAUGGGUCAUUAGUAUGCUUCCGGUUUUAGUCAUUGUCGGACUAGCUAUAAAUCAGCUGAAGAAACAUCGUCGACGAUCAUCCUACGACGAUGAUGACGAAGAUGACGAGGACGACGAUGACGACGAAUUAGAUAACGACGAUUCUUGUCAAAGAAGAAAUAAAGAAAAAAGUAAAGGAAAGGAUAAGAACGUGUGGGAUUGUGUGAAAAUACUGUUACAGCCAACAUCCAACUGGGGUCCAGCGUCGAGAAAUUCUUUGACACUAUCCAGAACUCUGGCUACACCUUCGCCAGGAUGCACUGCAUACGACUCGGUGCGAGACACGAUUGUCCUGGUGAACGGCCAACCAAUGAUGGUGCAACCGUCCAACACUAUCGCCACCACACAGAAACUUCCUGGGCCGUCAAUCUUGAAGAAUUCCAGCAAGACCGAUUUGAUCACCUCGCAACAAGUGUGACACGACGUUCGUUUUACGUCCAAUGAUGAUUCCUCGGAGGAAUCGUUUUCGAGAUAAAACAACUGAUGUAAGGUAAACCUACCUGCAGAAUGAACAAGUAUUUUUUCCCGAUAACAUCGACAGCUUCGCAUCUUUAAACGCGACUGCUGUGAAAUAACGAAGAUACUUUGUUGUACAAUUUGACUCGACUUUCCAUGCGAAGUUUUAAGUUGGAGAGUUUCGUGAAUUAUCCUAUCGGCGAUUAUAUAAUUUUUAUCGGAUUUUGUUUCUAUUAUCGCGCGGUUGCUUAAGAAAAGAUGAAAAAAUGAGCCUGCCAUCAACUAGUGCAGAAUACCAACACUUAGAAAAUCAUUGUUUUACAAUGUAGCACUCAAGAUUGCAGGAUUUUCAUAAAAGACAUACAUAAAAGAAGGACUGGAAGUAUUCUUCAGCGAUUUUGAUGAGCUUUGGAUUAUCGCGUAUGUAAAGAAGCGAAAAUAAAAGAUAUAUAUCUGUUUAUAAGUAAAGAUAUGAGAACAUAUAAAAAAUUCUCUUAUUUUUGAUUCUCUACAAUGUAAGGCUUAUCAAAAUCGGUGAGGGACGCUCUGUCGGACUUUCCCUUGUAAGUAAUACCAUCGCGUUCUUCCACAUUGAUCAAACAACCGCUUCAAUUUGAUGGUAAUAUAUAUGUGUGUACCUUAAUCAAACGUUAAUAUUAGAACCCUAAAGGCCAAAAAAUGUUAGAUUAAUCUAUUUAAAAUCGUUAGUAGUUGAAAGGAAUUGAGAGAGAAUAAUGUGAAACAGUACGAGCACAGUAUUAUAUUUUCUUAAGAAUAACGAUAUCUCAUCACGAUAUUUCGAUAUUUAUAUGCUCGAAAUAUUAUUUCCUCAAAAUAGUAUAUCAAUAAUUGUUUUACAAUAGGCAAAUAUUUAUUUUUAGAGACUGUUAAUUAUUUUUAUUACUAUGAAAAGAGAUAGAAGUCUGUAUAGAUUAUUGCAUGAAAAUGAAUUUAUCACACAAAUUUAGUAAAUAGAAAAAAAGGAAGUUCAUGGCGAUAGAAAAACAAACAAAAUGAAGACAAAGAAGCCAAAUUAACAAAUUCAACGUAUACUAAUCUUUUUUUUGCAAUGUAUAUUUCGUUGAAAGUCUUCAAUGUUACUGAUAUCGUAGUGAUGGAAUUGAUUUAUUUACUACUAAUUACUUGCCUACUAAUAUUAAUAUAUAUUAAUACCUGCAUAUUAAGUUUUAAAAUUGGAUAUUACGCAAAUAAAAUAAAUAUUCAUAACAUUGAUAACAUACAAUGUUAUUAAUUGAUGCAAACAUCAAAUAUCGCUGAUCAAAAUAUUAAAUAUCAAAGUAAGAUUAAUUUAUUUUUUACAUACUUUAAUUUUUCUCUUUCUUUCUUUUAUGACUAUUAUUUAUAAAACACAAAAUAGGCUUUUAAUGACUAAUAGAGAAUUAAAAAAUAAUAGAGGCAUUUGAUGACAUACCAAACAUGUGAUUUUAUGUCUCAAAUAAUCGAUACCUUUCAAUAUCUGUUAAAUAAAAUAAAAAACAUUAAUAAGUCUUUCAAAAAAAAAGUAAGCAUAAAUAUGAUCUAGAAAUUAUCGAUACAAAUCAAUGGCAAGUAUAAAGAUAUCAAUACUAUUAAUUAUAAUUUUAAUCCCAUCGCUACGAUACGUGUCUUUUUGAUGUGUGUAUAGACUUUCAACGAAUAGAUUACGUACAUUGAAUAUGUGUACAAAAUUAUGACUACCAGAAGAAAAGUAGACAAAGAGAAACAAGAAACACAUUUAUAAUUAAUAAAUUCGAGGAAGUGAAUAGCUUAGACUUUCACGAACGAGUAUACGUAAUAGUCAAUAACAAAAGAGAUCGCGAUUGUUUAUUUUUUAUUGCGAAAUACUUCUCAAAUAACAUUACGAGUGAUAACUCAGCGGAAAAUUUGAUCUCAACUUAUCACAGUUACGAUUCAAAAACUACUGAUGCCUUGACAGUUUUUUCAAGAAAAGUUUACCGAUUUCAAAUAAAUCGGAGAAUAUUAAAACAAAGAGAGUGGCCUUAGUUUUGAAAGAGAGUUUGCAGUGUUUGCAGUAUAUAUAUAUGAAUAUCAAUAUACCAAUUAUCCAAAGUGUGUCUUGCUCGGAAUAGCCUUCGCUGUUUAACUCUUUAUCACACGAUACGCCGCAAAUUAGUUUUCUAAUCUUCAUUGGUACCUUCUCUGUGAUUGAGAGACCUUCUCAUAUCCAGAAAUAUUGGGCACGUCAAGAUUCAAAACCUCAUUUGAAUCUGACGAACUAAGCGAACCAUAAAGCGCUUAACAUCGCCUGUGAAUUGACAGUAGAUGAAUCAGAGAUCAAAAUCCUUCGUUAGCGAUUGAAACUAAAGAUAAUUAAAAAAAAAAUUAUGAAUCUCUCUUAUAAAAGUUUUAGUAGCAAAAACGAAAGUAAACACUUGAGUAACUUCAAAACUAGAAAUCAAAAUCUGUGAGAUGAUUUUAUCGGAACCGUUGUUCCGCGUGAUCAAGAGCGAGAUGGAAAAUGGAAGAAGGAAAUGAAAGAAAGAAAACGGAACACGCGUUUGACAAGUUUUAUUCGUGAAUUUUCGGCCGAGUACAUUACAUCAUGAAAGUGCCGUUAGAUUUACGAUUGCUUUCCUCUCGGACGAUUUCCCAUCAUGCCAGUUAAAUGUUCAGUAAUGUUAAUGUUGAUAGAUUACACAAGUGUUAUCUAAUGUGUGGCGCGGCCUCACUAAUGAUUGUAUAAAGGUAUAUAGCUCGCCGUGCAGAAUAAUGAUAACUGCUAUAAUGUUAAUCAUUGGUUCACAAUACCGGCCAAGUCAAAUGGUUGACUGUCUUAACAAUAAGUAGAAUUAAGAGCGACGAUGUAGUACGAACGGGUAACAGCACUACGAUAACGCAGCAGUUAACAAUAACGAUCUCAUAUUUGCUCGAAAACUUUUAAUUAGCAUCGCGCACGAUCCCUUGUAGAAAUGAAUUAUGGAAAAUGUGUAAGCUGUAGCAAAUCUUUUUUGACAACUAUUAAUUUAGAGAUUGAUGAUAAACUGAGAUCAAUAACGACGAUGAUCACUAACUAGAAGAAUUCGUAAUUUUGUAAAUUAGCAGCUCGUUAACUCUUUUUACAUCUUACAUAGAGAAAUGAGUGCGCAGUCAAACUUAAGUGAAAAAAUGCGACGCAUAACUUUCCGUACUGUGUCCAAUUAAUGUUGCAAUUAAAAGUAAUAAACCCUUGCAAACGGUUGUGUUAGUUAUAAUUGUGUCAAGCACUUAAUAAAAAGCUAACUGCAAUUAUCGUAUGGUGUUACAGUCUUGACGUCACUACGAGUAACUAGUAGAGUGAACAGUACAAAGUAACAUGUCCUAGUAAGUAAAACGACGGUAUAAUAAGAAACUUCCUGUUAAGAGAAGCUUCUUUUCUUCAUAGUAAGAAGAAAGAAGCUUUUGCUUAAGGUAAUUCGGAGGGUUAAAUUCGCAAGAAGGGAAACACGUUUUUCUGAACAUGCGUACAGAAGAUUUGAUUAUAUUGUCAGGAUAAGAAGCAGUUUUAUUGUAGAACUGAUGUAUUAACGUAGAACAAUUGGACACAUGCUAAACCAUAUGCAAUCAAGACACAAUAAUGCCUUGAGUGAACAAAUACUCAUACAUACAUACACGCACACACGCACAAACAUGCACACAUCACAGAUUAGGAAAGUCGCAGCAAAAAUAGAAAGAGAGAGAAAGACAAAUAAGAAUAGUUAUAUCAUGUACACGUCCUAAAUAAAUAAAUGAGGAUAUAUGUAUGCGUGUGUUUACAUAUUGUUGCGUAAUCUUAAGUAGUCCUCGUGCAAACAA